GUCCGCCGCUUUCGGUCUCGGAGGGGGCGGGGGCGGGAACCCGCGAAGGUUCUCCUGGCGCCGGGCUGGGUUUGCCGGGCAGAGGCCCUGCGUUGGGUCUCGGCAGCUGCUGGAACUCGGCGGCCGCGCGGAAGCCGACCUCUGACAGGCCGGGCUGUGCGGGGCGGCGGCUCCCGGCCCUUCUCCCGCCGAGUCCGGAUGGAGGCCCGUCCCGCCGCUGCAGGUGCUCUGUGUUCGAUGGGGCCGCCGGCUGCUGCUCGCGUGAACUUGGGGGGCUCGGCGGAGCAGGAUUAGGCGGCCGGAGUCCUCCCGCGGGAAGCCCAUUAAACGCCGAGGCGGGGGGUUGUGUUCUCUUUUUCAGAGCUGUUGCGCAGCCAUUGGUACCUGUAUUGGGGAAACAUAGCAUACAAGCAAGAAGCUUACAGCCUCAGUGGCGAAAAUUUUUUCAUGUCAGAGACCGAGAACUCUUGCAGUCGUUUAUGUCAUCCCUUCUUCUCCAGACAGAAGAUACCAAAAAGUUGCAAUCAAAGAUCUCUUCAUUUUAUUGAUAAAGCCACUAAUAAGCCAAAAUGUCUGUCAAUGUCAACCGCAGUGUGUCAGACCAGUUCUAUCGCUACAAGAUGCCCCGUCUGAUUGCCAAGGUUGAGGGCAAAGGAAAUGGUAUCAAGACAGUUAUAGUCAACAUGGUUGACGUUGCAAAGGCGCUUAAUCGGCCUCCAACGUAUCCCACCAAAUAUUUUGGUUGUGAGCUGGGAGCACAGACCCAGUUUGAUGUUAAGAAUGACCGUUACAUUGUCAAUGGAUCUCAUGAGGCGAAUAAGCUGCAAGACAUGUUGGAUGGAUUCAUUAAAAAAUUUGUUCUCUGUCCUGAGUGUGAGAAUCCUGAAACAGAUCUGCAUGUCAAUCCAAAGAAGCAAACAAUAGGUAACUCCUGUAAAGCCUGUGGCUAUCGAGGCAUGCUUGACACACAUCAUAAACUCUGCACGUUCAUUCUCAAAAACCCACCUGAGAAUAGUGACAGUGGUACAGGGAAGAAAGAAAAGGAAAAGAAAAACAGGAAGGGAAAAGACAAGGAAAAUGGUUCCAUGUCCAGCAGUGAGACCCCACCACCACCACCACCAAAUGAGAUCAGUCCUCCUCCACAUGCUGUGGAAGAAGAGGAGGAUGAUGAUUGGGGGGAGGAUACAACUGAGGAAGCUCAAAGACGCAGAAUGGAUGAAAUCAGUGACCAUGCGAAAGUUCUGACCCUCAGUGAUGAUUUGGAAAGGACUGUUGAAGAGCGGGUCAAUAUCCUGUUUGACUUUGUUAAGAAAAAGAAAGAAGAAGGUAUUAUUGACUCAUCCGACAAAGAAAUUGUUGCUGAAGCAGAAAGAUUGGAUGUAAAAGCCAUGGGCCCUCUUGUUUUGACUGAAGUUCUUUUUAAUGAGAAGAUUAGAGAACAAAUUAAGAAAUACAGACGCCAUUUCCUACGAUUUUGUCACAACAACAAAAAAGCUCAGCGGUACCUUCUUCAUGGUUUGGAGUGUGUAGUAGCAAUGCAUCAAGCUCAGCUCAUUUCCAAGAUUCCCCAUAUCUUAAAGGAGAUGUACGAUGCAGAUCUGUUGGAAGAAGAAGUCAUCAUCAGCUGGUCAGAAAAGGCCUCUAAGAAAUAUGUCUCAAAAGACCUUGCCAAAGAGAUUCGUGUCAAGGCAGAACCAUUUAUAAAAUGGUUGAAGGAAGCAGAGGAGGAAUCUUCUGGGGGUGAAGAAGAUGAUGAAGAUGAGAAUAUUGAGGUGGUGUAUUCGAAGACUGCCAGUGUCCCUAAAGUUGAAGCUGUGAAGUCUGACAACAAGGAUGAUGACAUUGAUAUUGAUGCCAUUUAAAGGGGUGGGUGCAGCCCAGCUUAACAGUGUAAUGCUGCAAAUCUUUCUGCAUCAUCAGCCAGAAGUGCAACAUGUAUGUGCAAAAGCUAAAAUGGCUUAACAUCAUGCUACACUUUCUACUAAAAACGUAUUGCUGUGAGUGGUCUGUAAUUAAGCCCAACAAGACAUCUAGGGAGUCCAUACACCUAUCAGUGAGCAGAUACAGUUUGCUUAUUUAUAGCAUGUUUCUUUUUGAAAAAUUAGUGGUGGACACAUUUGGAUCACAUUUAUACAGUUAAAUAAAGAUUUGAUUUUGGUCAUUCUUAAGAUUUUGGCUCUGAAUGACUUAAGCUGAAAUGGCUCCUCCUUAAAAUACCGCACCAUCAUGAACCUGGUGGGAUUCUCGGAGCCUGUUAGUGCUGAGACUGCAAAGCCGUCUUCGGCUGAAUGUCAACAUGAGCUUCUAAUUGUCCUCAUCAGCCACUGAGAAAUAAGUACUUAAAGUGUUCAGUCCUUCCAGUUGGCAUCUGGUAAUGUACACUCUUCCCAUGCCAAGGUGGACUGAUAAUUAAAUGGCAGUGUGACAUCUUUAUCUUACUGAGAAGUAAAAAUGACCUGAGUGUCCUAUAAAUAAUUUUAAGAGCAGGUUUUGAAACUUGAAUUGUGUUUUUUCAGUUCGUGUAUAUUUACCCCAAAUUGUAGUCUUUGGAGUCAUGUGCACGCUGGAUGAGCCAGGGGAAUGAUUACAUUAACAAAUAAGCGUUGUAUGUGUAUGUAGCUGUUGCUUUAUACUGAGAAAAUUCUGCAACUAAGGUGAUGAUAUAGUAAGCUAUGACUUUAUUGGGGGGAAGCAGGAAAAGGUGCACUUAAUCUCUAGCAAAAACUGAGCAUAAUUUUUCAACUCUUAUUAGGGUUUAAUUACAUUUUCAAAUGUUUAGGCAUACUGUAUCUUUUGUUCAUUGUGGAUUUUCUCCUGAUAAUAUGGUUUGUUUGAUGCCUUUACAUGUAGAUACUUAAUAGCUUGUGCUUUUUAUAGGUUUUGGUUGCUCUCUUGCCAAAAUAAGUGUUACUGUGUCUCAAACUUGAUUUUUUUGCCCCCAAAAUGUUUUAUUUAAACACAAGCUAAAAGCAUACUUCCAGUUAAAGUCUAUAUUUUGGUGUACGACUUAAAGUGUUUUUUAUUUCAUGUUGAAUAUAGCCAGACACCCAAGAAGUCUGAUGAUGGCAACAGAAUGCAGGUUUCUAGGGCCUGACCCAGCGCAUCCUGAGGUUUAGAUUUGGAAAGAACUUGCUGGUGAAUUUUUUGCUUGCUUAGCUCAUCGAAACUCAUUUCAUAAGGGUUAUGGCUGUCUGAGAAAUCCUCUUAGGGGAGAAACUUGUUCCGUUUCCUCCUUUCCACAAAGUACACUAGGAAUCAAAAAUCCAAAGGGUUAAUUUUGCUGGGGGCACUGUCUUAUAUCUCUUUUGUCCGUGAUCUGUCUUCACAGAUUAUAAUGAGAGUUUAAUAAAUGUAUCUUAAGAAUUUUUCACAUUGGAAAUUAGACAAACAUUUGAUAUAAUAAAAUCUUGUUAGCUUGAUAUUUUAAGGAAGUAAAAUCAAGUAAUCUAUCUUAAAGACCUGCAAAUUGGUCUCUGCCUUUCAGUCAAUAUUGAUGAGUGAAGCAGAAGCACCUACCUGGCAGGAAUGUUGCUUUGUCAUACCAAAGCAAUGAAAUCUCUGCAAAUUUGCAUCUCACCUGGGUUACAGUUCUUUGCCAGAGGUGAAUUUGCUUUCAUUAUCUGAAAUUCUAUAGGAGAUAGUGGUGACUUAGGCCAAGUUGCAGUCAGCAUACCCAAUGUCAAGCUAAUAGGGUUUUGUUAUGGAGCUUUUCCCCUCACCUCUUUUAAUCUGAAAGAAAACCUGUUCAGGCUUCUAAACACUAAGAAAAUUUUGGCUGAGACAGUGUUCAGUCUGGUGCCAAAUUUACAGUGGAAUUCAAAUCCAUGUAAUGAAAGUUUUACCCAUAGGGGCUAUCUUAAUAAAUUAAUCCUUGCUUUGAUCUAUUCAAUAGUCUUAAAUUUUCCUGUUUCAAACAGCUACAAUACUUGAUUAAAACAAUGUUGAAAUUA